AUUCAACGCCUCCUAACCCGAUGCGAGUGACCUCCUGCCUCUCCUGAUCCCUUUUCUUCUAGAACCGCUUAUCUCCGAAGAGCUGGACCUGCUGAAAAGGAGAGGUUGUUGGCAGCUGGGCGGCUCUAGAAGGGAACCGACGGUUUGCCGCCAGUUGCCCGUUCUGCUUGCUCGCCGACUGGCCAGCCUGCCAGCCAGAUCCUGCCUCCGAAGACCCUCCCCUCUUCGCCAUGGGGCCUUUGUGAGUCCCCGGAGUCUCCUCGAGGCCUGGCGUCCGGCACGGCCUUCCCCAGACCAUGUGGCGGCCCCCGGUGCGACACCCGCCUCUCCUUCCCCGCCUUCUGCAUGUGACUGAAGUGGCCGUGGCCGGCUGGGAAGCCCGCCUCGUGUUGUGGGUUCUCAGCUUGGCCUCGGCGGUGGUGCAGAUGGACAGCCAGGCCUACUCGCCCACCGUCAACACGCACUAUGGGAAGCUGCGAGGCCUCCGGGUGCCCCUGCCCAGCGAAAUCCUGGGGCCCGUGGACCAGUACCUGGGAGUCCCCUACGCGGCCCCUCCCGUCGGGGAGAAGCGCUUCAUGCCCCCCGAGCCCCCCUCGUCCUGGUCGGGGAUCCGGAACGCCACCCACUUCUCCCCGGUGUGCCCGCAGAACAUCCACACGGCCGUGCCAGAGAUCAUGCUGCCCAUUUGGUUCACCUCUAACCUGGACAUUGUGGCCACCUACAUCCAGGACCCCAACGAGGACUGCCUUUAUCUCAACAUCUAUAUCCCCACCGAGGAUGUAAAACGGAUUUCCAAGGAAUGCGCCCGAAAACCCAACAAGAAAAUAUGUAGGAGAGGAGGCUCCAGCGCUAAGAAACAGGGCGAGGACUUAGCGGAUAACGAUGGGGAUGAAGACGAAGACAUCCGAGACAGCGGGGCCAAGCCGGUCAUGGUCUACAUCCACGGAGGCUCCUACAUGGAAGGCACCGGCAACAUGAUCGACGGGAGCGUCCUCGCCAGCUACGGCAACGUCAUCGUCAUCACCCUCAACUACCGUGUGGGCGUCCUGGGGUUCCUGAGCACAGGGGACCAGGCUGCUAAGGGCAACUAUGGGCUCCUGGACCAGAUCCAGGCGUUGCGUUGGAUCAGCGAGAACAUUGCCUUCUUCGGGGGCGACCCCUUGCGCAUCACCGUCUUCGGUUCAGGCAUCGGCGCCUCCUGCGUCAGCCUCCUCACUUUGUCGCAUCACUCUGAAGGCCUUUUCCAGAGAGCCAUCAUCCAGAGCGGCUCGGCCCUGUCCAGCUGGGCCGUCAACUACCAGCCGGUCAAGUACACCAGCCUGUUGGCCGACAAGGUGGGCUGCAACGUGCUGGACACCGUGGACAUGGUGGACUGCCUGAGGCAGAAGACGGCCAAGGAGCUGGUGGAGCAGGACAUCCAGCCGGCUCGCUACCACGUGGCCUUUGGGCCCGUGAUCGACGGGGACGUCAUUCCCGAUGACCCGGAGAUCCUGAUGGAGCAGGGCGAGUUCCUCAACUAUGACAUCAUGCUUGGAGUGAACCAGGGCGAGGGCCUCAAAUUCGUGGAAGGGGUGGUGGACCCCGAGGACGGCGUUUCGGGCAGCGAUUUCGACUACUCCGUCUCCAACUUCGUGGACAACCUCUACGGCUACCCGGAGGGCAAAGACACGCUGCGGGAGACCAUCAAGUUCAUGUACACGGACUGGGCCGACCGGGACAACCCGGAGACCCGCCGCAAAACCCUGGUGGCCCUUUUCACCGACCACCAGUGGGUGGAGCCCUCGGUGGUGACGGCCGACCUGCACGCCCGCUACGGCUCCCCCACCUACUUCUACGCCUUUUACCACCACUGCCAGAGCCUCAUGAAACCGCUGUGGUCGGACGCCGCCCACGGGGACGAGGUGCCUUACGUCUUCGGGAUCCCCAUGAUUGGCCCCACCGACCUUUUCCCGUGCAACUUUUCCAAGAACGACGUCAUGCUGAGCGCGGUGGUCAUGACUUACUGGACCAACUUUGCCAAGACGGGGGACCCGAACAAGCCUGUCCCGCAGGACACCAAGUUCAUCCACACCAAGGCCAACCGCUUCGAGGAAGUGGCCUGGUCCAAGUACAAUCCCCGCGACCAGCUAUACCUGCACAUCGGUCUCAAGCCCCGGGUGCGCGACCACUAUCGGGCCACCAAGGUGGCCUUCUGGAAGCACCUGGUCCCCCACCUCUACAACCUGCACGACAUGUUCCACUACACGUCCACCACGACCAAGGUGCCACCCCCGGACACCACCCAGAACUCGCACAUCACCCGCCGGCCCAACGGCAAAGCCUGGAGCACCAAGCGGCCCGCCAUCUCCACCGCCUACACCGGCGAGGGCUCCCAGGAGAAGUGGAACCCCGAGCAGGAGGGGGCCGGCACGCUCCUGGUGGAGAACCCCCGGGACUAUUCCACCGAGCUGAGCGUCACCAUCGCCGUGGGCGCUUCGCUGCUGUUCCUCAAUGUCCUGGCCUUUGCCGCCCUCUACUACCGCAAGGACAAGCGGCGGCAGGACACCCACCGCCAGGCCAGCCCCCAGCGGGGAGGCCCCUCCGCCGCCGCCAGCAACGACCUGGGCCACACGCCGGAGGAGGAGAUGCCCUCGCUGCAGGCCAACCAGACCCACCACGGGGACUGCGAGACGGUGGCCCCGCACGACACCCUCCGCCUGACCACCUUGCCCGACUACACCCUCACGCUGCGCCGCUCCCCGGACGACAUCCCCCUCAUGACGCCCAACACCAUCACCAUGAUCCCCAACUCCUUGGUGGGCCUCCAGACCUUGCACCCCUACAACACCUUUGCCGCCAGCUUCAGCAGUACGGGGCUGCCCCACUCACACUCCACCACCCGGGUAUAGCCGCUCAAGCGCCCCCACGUCCAGGCACACCCUCCACUCUCACCGGAGCCGGCGCUCGGGGCCAGGGGGUGGGGGUGGGUCAGACGUGGCAAGCUCUGUCCCCGACACUCCCACCCUAUCCCCCUGCCGGCUUGCUUCUCGAGAGUGUCGUUUGUAUCAAGUGCUUCUGACUCGCCUGGCGCCCACUAGGGCAGCGGGGCUCACCUGGGGCGAGCGGAGGCAAGGAACCCCAAACUGCACUGCGGGGCACCCCUCCCACUCUCCACCUCUGACACUGUGCGGGAGGUCAACGGCCAGCAUCCGACAGCCUUUCUGUCCUGAGGGAGGCGCCCCGGUGCCUCUGGCCACCCCGUGACCCUGCUGGGAGGGGGCCGGCGGCCACAACAGGUGCCCCCAGAGUGGAGCGCGCCUGCCAUUCCUUCCAUCCCAUUUGGGAUUUUCCAAUCCAAGUGCCAUGGGGGCAAAAGGGCCCCUUGCUGAGUGGCCAGGGCGCUGAAGAGGAGGCCAUCGCUUGGCACUGUCACCGGGCAUCCUUUCGCAGGACCAGCCGGGGGGGGGUGUGGGGGGUGUUUGAGCGCCGGGUCUCCUGAAGCCCUGGAUUUCCGGAUCCCGGAUGGUCGGGGGUUGGUGCUGGGCUGAACAGGCACUGUCUGUUCCCCACCCCACCCCACGUCACACUCUUCAUGUUGCCGAGGAAAAACUGUCUGUCUGUCUGUUUCUUUCCAUGAGACGUUUUUUAAGCAGAUCUUUAGUUCUUUAAACACUAACGGAGACGCCGUGUUUUGUCCUUUGUAAAGAUUUUAAACUAAGUGUUCUUGAUAAAAGCCAGUUAGACACACACACACACACACACACAAACACACACACACACACACA